UUUGUGAAUGAAUGUAUCUGUGGGCAACGACUGUGAUUGACCAGUAACCAUUCAACAUUAGCUCAGAAGUUCAAAGGGGCUAGCUUGCAUGCUGCUGGCUGCUAAACAACAUAGCUAGCUAAAAUCACGUGUUUUAUAUUUAACUCAUUCAAACAAAAGGGUGUGAAGAUUCCAGCUCCAAGAAGUUGAUACCUUGAAUCACAUGUUUUCAGAACGUUCAUGAUCAAACUUUUCUUUGCAGAAUUUCAACUUGGGGUUGAGACUGUUACAUUGUAAUUAAGGCAUGAGAAACAUUGCAUAGAGUUAUCUAAACAAAGAAUAAGGAUGAACGUCACAGAGGUGGAGGAUCAUAUUUCCAUGAAAUAUGAAAUACAAAGAAGACUUGGAAAGGGGGCAUAUGGGAUUGUAUGGAAGGCUGUGGACAGGCAGACAGGAGAAGUUGUGGCUGUUAAGAAAAUAUUUGAUGCCUUCAGGAAUAGGACUGAUGCCCAGAGGACAUUCAGAGAAAUAAUGUUUCUUCAGGAAUUUGGAGAUCAUGCCAACAUCAUCAAACUGCUGAACGUCAUCAGAGCUCAAAAUGACAACGAUAUUUACCUGGUCUUUGAAUACAUGGACACCGACCUGCACGCGGUGAUAAAGAAAGGCAACCUGCUGAAAGACAUCCAUAAACGCUAUGUCAUGCAUCAACUCCUUAAGGCCACCAAAUACAUGCACUCAGGCAAUGUCAUCCACAGAGACCAGAAGCCGUCCAAUAUUCUGCUUGACACGGAUUGCUUUGUGAAGCUGUGUGACUUCGGUUUAGCAAGAUCUCUCUACCAGAUCCAGGAGGAUGCUGGGAACCCGGCGCUGACAGAGUAUGUGGCGACGCGGUGGUACAGACCUCCUGAGAUCCUGCUGGGCUCCUCAAGGUACACAAAGGGUGUAGACAUGUGGAGUAUAGGUUGUAUCCUAGGAGAGAUGCUGCUUGGGAAGCCCCUUUUCCCUGGAACCUCCACCAUCAACCAGAUAGAAAAAAUCAUGAGUGCCAUUCCAUACCCUAGCCCAGAGGACGUACUUUCGAUCAGAUCUGAGUAUGGUGCCUCUGUGAUUCAGAGGAUGCUACUGAGGCCCCAGGUGCCUCUAGAGGACCUUCUGCAGCCGUCGGUGCCCCCUGAUGCCCUAGACCUGGUGUGUCGCCUGCUGGUUUUCAACCCAGAUAAGAGGCUGACCGCUGAGCAGGCCCUGCAGCACCUCUACGUCUCCAGAUUCCACAACCCAGACAAGGAGCCAGGUCUGGACCAUGCCGUGAUCCUGCCUGUGGAUGAUGAUGUCCAGUUGUCAGUGGUUCAGUACCGCAACAAACUCUACAAGAUGAUUCUAGAGAAGAGGACCACAAGGAGAAUGCUACGUAAUAUCCAGCCCAGGCCGAAGAAGAAAGAGGAGCCGGUUUCUGGGUCUGGGUGUGACAGUGGAGACCAUGGGAAGGAAAGGCCCAAUGGGAAGAACAAAGGUGGGCCGGAUCCAGUCCCACUGGCUGGUGAUGGUGGAGGGGACCUUUGGGUUAAAUCCCUUCAUGAUAAGACUGAACACCAGGCUGCUCGUCCAGUUAUCACCAUACCCACCCCAGUACCUGUGUCUACCCUGCCAGCCCUGGAGAAUACCAGCCCUGCAGCUAGCCCUGUCAUGGGAAAGACUACAUAUAAUCCCAUCACACAUGUUGCCAAUGGUUUUGUUAGAAGUCUGGCUGGACCACCUCACUAUUUUCGCUCUGGUACUGCCAGCAGGAAAUUGGAGCAACAGAUGAGUGUUGAAAAUGUAACUGUACUGCCAGCAGAGGGCGCUAACGGCAACACUGUUUCUAUGGAGCAGAUUCUGCAGCGCGGUCGCUCAGCACCUGUCAGCCACAACCGUUCCUUCUCCCUGACCCUCUCCCAUCCCCAGAACAACCCGCUGGUCCGCAGAGACGAGCCCUCUGUGUCCUCAGGGAUAUGUGUCACCUCUGCACGCCUGAACCAGCGGUCCCAGUCUCAGACACGAGAGGCACGGGCCCCUCCCAGGUUCAGUAAGAAGGUUUUCCAGAGUAAAGCCAAUGUGGUGGCAGCCGGGGAUCCCCGUGCCAAACUGGGCAGCUAUUCUCAGGCCUAUGGCACCAUCAACAAGACAGAGCUGGAUAACCUUAUGAAGUAUCAACAGUAACCACCACACUAUGCUGGGUGUAUGGGACACUGUCUGACAUCAGACGGGCAAUAGACCAGGGGACAGGGAACAGGGAGAUAUAGGCUAGUGGAAUUUUUGGGGAGGAAAGUAUUAUUGCGAGACGAAAGUUAGGAGUUCAGCAGUACAGAUUGGAUGUAACCAUGGAGACAUGGACAUCCAUAGAGUAAAGGUGACAAUGAUUAAAUGCCAUCAACUUAGCCCCACUUCCUUUGUGAAAUAAUGACUCGCUGGGAAAUGGUAACUAUAGAUCCUUAGCUUAAUGUAACUACAUUUGCAAGGGUUUUUACAGUGAAAUGCUUUAUACUAGAGGACAGCAGAUAUACCAGUGUAAAUAUAUACAGUACCAGUCAAAGGUUUGGACACACCUACUCAUUCAAGGGUUUUUCUUUAUUUUUACUAUUUUCUACAUUGUAGAAUAAUAGUGAAGACAUUCCAACUAUGGCAUAACACAUAUGGAAUCAUGUAUUAAGAAAAAAAGUGUAAAACAAAUCAAAAUAUAUUUUAUAUUUGAGAUUCUUCAAAGUAGCCACCUUGAUGACAGCUUUGCACACUCUUGGCAUUCUCUCAACCAAGUUCACCUAGAAUGCUUUGCUUUUUCAACCGUCUUGAAGGAGUUCCCGCAUAUGCUGAGCACUUGUUGGCUGCUUUUCCUUCACUCUGCGGUCCAACUCAUCCCAAACCAUCUCAAUUGGGUUGAGGUUGGGUGAUUGUGGAGGACAGGUCAUUUGAUGCAGCACUCCGUCACUCUCUUGGUCAAAUAGCCCUUACACUGCCUGGAGGUGUGUUGGGCCAUUGUCCUGUUGAAAAACAAAUUAUAGUCCCACUAAGUGCAAAACAGAUGGCAUGGCGUAUCUCUGCAGAAUGCUGUGGUAGCCAUGCUGUUUAAGUGUGCCUUGAAUUCUAAAUAAAUCACAGACCGUGUCACCAGCAAAGCACCCCCACAUCAUCACACCUCCUCCUCCAUGCUUCAUGGUGGGAACCACACAUGCAGAGAUCAUCCGUUCACCUACUCUGCAUCUCACAAAGACAUGGCAGUUGGAACUAAAAAUCUGAAAUUUGGACUAAUCAGACCAAAUUUGGACUAAUCAGACCGGUCUAAUGUCCAUUGCUCGUGUUUCUUGGCCCAAGCAAAUCUCUUCUUCUUAUUGGUGUCCUUUAGUAGUGGUUUCUUUACAGCAAUUCACAGUCUCUUCUGAACAGUUGAAAUUGAGAUGUGUCUGUUCAACUCUGUGAAGCAUUUAUUUGGGCUGCAAUCUGAGGUGCAGUUAACUCUAAUGAACUUAUCUUCUGCAGCAGAGGUAACUGUGGGUCUUCCUUUCCUGUGGCAGUCCUCAUGAGAGCCAGUUUCAUCAUAGCACUUCAUGGUUUUUGCGAUUCUUUCAAAGUUCUUGAAAUGUUCCACAUUGACUGACCUUCAUGUCUUAAAGUAAUGGACUGUCGUUUCGCUUUGCUUAUUUGAGCUGUUCUUGCCAUAAUAUGUACUUGGUCUUUAAAUAUAUAUAUAUUUAAUAUAUAUAUAAUAUAAUAUAUAUUUAACCUUUAUUUAACUAGGCAAGUGUGUUAAGAACAAAUUCUUAUCUACAAUGACGGCCUACACCGGCCAAACCCGGACGACGCUGAACCAAUUGUGCGCCAUCCUAUGGGACCCCCAAUCAUGGCCGGUUGUGAUACAGCUAAAUGGGGCUAUCUUCUGUAUACCACCUCUACCUUGUCACAACACAACUGAUUGGCUCAAACACAUUAAAAAGGAAAGAAAUUCCACAAAUUAACUUUUUAACAAGGCACACCUGUUCAUUGAAAUGCAUUCCAGGUGACUAUCUCCUGAAGCUGGUUGUGAGAAUGCCAACAGUGUACAAAGCUGUCAUCAAGGCAAAGGGUGGCAGCUUUGAAGAAUUUCAAAUAUAAAAUAUAUUUUGAUUUGUUUUACACGUUUUUGGUUACUACAUGAUUCCAUAUGUGUUCUUUCAUAGUUUUGAUGUCUUCACUAUUAUUGUACAAUGUAGAAAAUACAAUUGAAAAAAAAACUUGAAUGAAUAGGUGUCCAAACUUUUUUUGUACUGUACUGUGCCAAGACUGUCUUGCAAUAAAUGUGUAGAACAUAUGUAAAACAGAAAAUGUAUGUUGUGUAUAAAUGCUAUUUUAACUACAUUCCUUAAAAGCAAAUUCAAGAUACUUUAUAGCAAAAUGGUGCAUUCAAUAUGCACAGCAAAAUAAAUGUUGACAGUGGAUGUAUGUAAAUUAAACCUGUGGUUUCAUAAUAAAAAUAUGAUUUAUUUAUUUUUAA